AUGACCAAAAAGACUAGCAAGAAGUCAAGCGACAAAGUAGCAGGGCCUUUAGAAGACUUUUAUGGAUUCAAAGUAUUACCAGUGAUUGUCAAGGAAGGAAUCCGUCACUUUAUGUAUAUGACAAAACAUCAAGUCAGAUCAGUCACCGACAAUCUUCCAGCAGAUCGAACUUUAUUUUUGGUCAAUUUGCCAGUAGAUACCACCGAUGCUCACCUACAAUAUCUUUUUCGCUCUCACGGCAAAAUUACAAAAAUUAUUUAUCACACAUAUGGCAAGAAAAGGAAACAAAAAAGUGACGAUGACGACAAUAAUAAGGACGAACACAGCAGUAACGCUUUACGAAUGAUCUUACACAGUGGUAGCAAUGCUCAUAUUGUAUUUGACAAGGUUGAUACUUUGAAUUCAGUCAUGGAAAUGACUAGAAUUGUUAGGAAUUGGACAGUGAGUGAAACAGAAGUAGAUCAAUUACAACCUUUGGGCUUUGAACGACAUAUGCUUAAAUUUCAAUUGGCAAGACCUGAUCAUGGAGAACUACAACAAAAGGUGGAUUCUUAUAUGCUCAAGUUUAAGGAAAACGAAUACGAAAAGGAACGGGAACUUCUUCAAAGAAUGAACAAGAUGGAUGAAGAUGGUUUUGUGGUUGUUAGUCGUCACAAGAAGAAAAAGAACACAGAUGGUGAAAUCCAUGUGACCGCAGCAUCUAGUAUUGCGAUUAAUGCAUAUGAUAUAAACAAGGUCAAGAAGAAGGAAUUAGUGGAUUUCUAUCGAUUCCAAUUACGUGAAAAGAAACAAAAUGAAUUGUUUGAACUUCGAAAACGAUUUGAAGAAGAUAAAGUCAAGAUUGAUAAAUUGAAGCAAGCAAGGAAGUUCCGACCUUAUUAGAGAUAGUUUGUCAGGAUAUUAAACGAACAAGCCAUGAACUUUUUACCCUCUUUUAUUUUAUUUUUUUCUUCUUCUUUAAUAUAUAUAUAUAUAUAUAUAUAUAU